GGGAUAUCGUCGCUUCUCUGCCUUCCGUCCUGCUGUUUUUUACUCAAGCGGGGAGGGCGAGUGUAUGCGCACGUCCUGGUUCUCCAGUUUUGUGUAUCAGCGCUCGGCCCGCCGCCGCGUGCUGUGCGCUCUGCCGACCUCAACGAACCCUUGCCCCGGGGAGUCGGACGGUGCCAAAAACACAGACCCCGGGGGAGGGUCUCGCCAACCGGGUCAAGUGAAGCUCACCAACAGGAUAGUGGGAAAGAGGAAGGUGUCCUCCAGGAAGAGGAAGAAAGUGGAGUACAGACCUACAGAAGGCGACCCCCAAAACACUCAGGUCUCAUUUCGUCUUCAAGACUUCAAAAUGUGGAAAUUUAGUACGUUUUCGGAGUUUGCAUUUUAUGUACUGCUCCUACUGGAAUUGCCCCCUGCCGUGAACAGCAAUGAGACUCCAACACCAACAACACUGCACAGAUCCUCACCAACUUCUUCAACCGCUUCCCUGGGACAGUGUGCAGUUUGCUUGGAUAAGGACUGCGCAACUGGUGUGAGAAGAAUCUACCCAACAGGCCGCGACACAGCAGUUUGGGCGAGGGCAAACUCCCCAACUGGAAUCCAAAACUGCUCCAUGGAGAAUCUAAAGGCAGAUGCUCCCUGUAAGAUGGCUAAUGGUAGCCUCGUCCAACUGGCUGACAACCCCCUUCAAUUUGAAGGGAUAGACACUCGCGUAUUCAACUCUCAGAUUUUGCCCUGCGCUGAUCUGAUCAAUUCCAAGCCCUCUCCCGUGACCAAAACUCCCAUCCACAACACGCCCACUCCUGCAGCUCCAAACAUUUCAGUGGCGGACAACAAAGACAGCGGCAGUGGCAGUGGCAGCCGCAUCGGCAUCGGCGGCGGCAUCGGCAUCUUCUUCGGCAUCGUCAUCGUCAUCGUCAUCCUCAUCGGAGUUUUGAUUUGGAAGCUUUACAACUGUCCAAGAGGGCUGUACAGAGGCCGUCGUCAAGGGAACAACGGGGUGCCUCCUCAUGACACUGAGCAUCGUGAUGAGAUCACCAUCCAGAUGCAGCCUCUUAAUGCAGAAGUUGCAAACGGAAACGUUAACGGGGUCCAUUGAGAGGAUGACAGCGUUGGGACUGCAGGGUAGGUGUUAACCUGUUUAUUGACUCUGCUGUUUUACAUAAUCAUCCAGAAUAGUUGCUGUACAUACAAGGGGAGGGCAAGCGUCUUGUGCUAUUGGCUCCUCUGACUUCCUGGUUUUGAUUGAGGCAGCCCACAGCCUAUCGGAGCAGCCCCACAAGUUCCUGUGAGGGACCUGCUCACGCUGCUCAGGGCAAAGGGAAAGAGGGCCCUCUCCAGUGCUGGAGAACGUAACCCCAUGAUUUGGGGUAUAUGUCC